AGGAUUGAAGUACACAGUGUUUGACGAUUUGCGACUCGUUAGUUUUCAGCCAUCUCUCGUCGGGUGCUUAUCACAGAUUAAAAAUGUCGCAAAUACAGCAAUUCUAUGCUGGGCAAAACGUUUUUAUUACCGGGGGUACCGGGUUUUUGGGCAAAAUCUUGACGGAAAAACUGCUCCAAAGCUGUAGAGACAUCGGGACCAUCUACAUCCUAAUGCGGCCGAAAAAGGGCAACGGUGUUCAGGAACGCUUCGAAGCGUUUCUCGGUGAUACGGUAUUCGAUGUGUUACGGAACGACUAUCCGGAAUUUUCAAAGAAGAUCGUCGGAGUCGAAGGUGAUACCGCCCAGAACAAACUCGGACUUUCGGAAACGGACUACGCACGCCUUGUCGAAGAGGUUUCAGUGAUCUUUCACCUAGCUGCCACCGUGCGUUUCACAGAGCGCCUGGAGAAGGCUGUCGCAAUUAACGUGAACAGCGUGAAACACGUGAUGGACAUCGCAAGGGCCUGCAAGAACUUGAAGGCUGGGAUUCACGUGUCCACCGCGUUCAGCCACUGCGUCCGGAAGUCCAUCAACGAAGAGCUAUACCCUCCACCCAUGAGCCACGAAGAGAUCAACAUGCUAGUGGAAAUGCUCAAGAGAAUCGAGGGGCCGGAAAACCUGACGGAAAUCACGGGAGAAUGGCCGAACACGUAUUGUUUCACCAAAGCUAUCGCCGAGGAAGUCGUCGCUAACUACGCCACUGACCUACCUUUCGCUAUCUUCAGACCGUCAAUUGUGACAGGGGCCUACAAAACCCCCAUCCCAGGAUGGGUUUCGAGUCCCAUAGGAAUUUCGGGCAUGAUAUGUGUCUGUGGCCUGGGUAUCAUACACGCCGUUUUGAUCGAUACCAGUACCAGGCUUGAGGUUGUCCCGGUCGAUUAUGUUUGCAACGCACUUAUCGCUUCAGCUUGGAAGAUCGCAAUGACGGAAAAAAGAAGCUGCGAGGACGUUCCGGUGUACAAUUACGUUUCUGGAAAUGAAAAUCCUAUAACUUGGAAAGACUUUGAUAAUAAAGCCAGAGCCGUCGCAAAAACUCAUCCAUUCGAGCAAGCUGUUUACUACCCCAGCGGAUACGCCACAAAAUCAAGAUUUCUGUACACAACCCUCCACUUUUUUCUUAAUUUGCUCCCAGCAGUGAUGAUUGACGUUGUUCUGCGAUUGAAGGGACAACAGCCGCGAAUGUACAAGCUCGUGGGUCAAAUUUAUGAGGCGUUUAACGCAUUGGAGUAUUUCACCACGCAACAGUGGGAUUUCGACAAUCAGAAGAUUCAAGCGCUCUGGGAGCAACUUGGGUCCGAAGACAAGAGUAUAUUUCCAUUCAGUAUGCAAACCGUCGUUUGGGAUGAAUAUGUCAUAAAUAUGAGCAAAGGCAUACGCAAGUUCAUCAUAGGUGAUUCCGAUGGAAACGAAGAGAGAGCGAGACGGCGACAGGUUUAUCUUUACGCCAUCCAUUUGGCCGUGCGUAUCACGUCUGGCAUCUUUAUUUUGUGGUUGAUCUGGAAGUCCUUUCAUGGGAUUCAAUCAAUGUUCCUGUGAUACGAUUCUAAAGUUCGGCCCCGUUCUCGUUUGAUCGACGAACAAGCCAUCGUAUUUAGUAUCAUUGUGUAAUUUAUGUAACGGAGAAUAAACACAACUCGCAUGUUUCAA